CGUCGUUUUAGCCGGUACCUUUUUGCGGCUGCAAUAGCACUCUUCACGUGUGUACUUAGCUUCCGGUUGAAGUGUUGUUAGUAGGUGAUGGAGUUUGUAGUAUGAUUUGGUAGCGUAGCUUGUGGCAGCUGUAGUAAGAAGCAUGGAGUUGCUGAAGGAGGACUUUGGGGACAUGUCUCCCCAACAGCUCGCUGCUCCAGUAGACACAGUGGAGGAAAAAUGGAAGUUGCUUCCAGCCUUUUUGAAGAUUAAAGGCUUGGUAAAGCAGCACAUUGACUCCUUUAACUACUUUAUCAAUGUGGAGAUAAAAAAGAUCAUGAAAGCAAAUGAGAAGAUUACAAGUGAUGCAGAUCCCAUGUGGUAUCUAAAGUACCUCAAUAUCUAUGUCGGGAUGCCUGAUGUGGAAGAGAGCUUUAAUGUCACCAGACCAGUGUCUCCACAUGAGUGUCGACUGAGAGACAUGACGUACUCCGCCCCCAUUACAGUGGACAUCGAGUACACCAGAGGCAGUCAGAGGAUCAUCCGGAAUGCUUUACCCAUUGGAAGGAUGCCAAUUAUGUUGCGCAGUUCCAACUGUGUGCUGACAGGCAAGACACCCAUGGAGUUCUCCAAACUGAACGAGUGUCCCUUAGAUCCAGGUGGCUACUUUAUUGUGAAAGGUCAGGAGAAAGUCAUUCUCAUCCAGGAGCAGUUGUCCAAGAACCGCAUCAUUGUGGAGCAAGACCGCAAGGGCGCGGUAGGAGCCUCGGUGACCAGUUCCACCCACGAGAAGAAGAGUAGAACCAACAUGAUCGUGAAGCAGGGACGCUUUUACUUGAAACACAACACACUCUCUGAGGACGCUCCCAUCGGCAUCAUCUUCAAGGCCAUGGGUGUGGAGAGCGAUCAGGAGAUCGUGCAGAUGAUUGGUACGGAGGAACAUGUCAUGGCUGCUUUUGCCCCCAGUUUGGAAGAGUGCCAGAAGGCUCAGAUUUUCACCCAGACACAGGCUCUGAAGUACAUUGGAAACAAAGUACGGCGUCAGCGCAUGUGGGGUGGACCAAAGAAAACCAAGAUGGAGGAAGCCAGAGAGCUGCUCGCUUCCACCAUUCUCACCCACGUACCUGUGAAGGAGUUUAACUUCAGAGCGAAAUGCAUCUACCUGGCUGUAAUGGUGCGCAGGGUGAUUCUCGCUCAAGGCAACAACAAAGUGGACGAUCGCGAUUACUAUGGAAACAAGCGUCUCGAGCUGGCUGGGCAGCUUCUGUCUCUGCUGUUUGAGGAUCUCUUUAAGAAGUUUAACUCUGAGCUGAAGAAGAUCGCUGACCAGAUCAUACCCAAGCAGAGAGCGGCCCAGUUCGACGUGGUGAAACACAUGCGGCAGGACCAGAUCACAAACGGCAUGGUUAACGCCAUCUCUACUGGGAACUGGUCUCUGAAGAGGUUUAAGAUGGACAGGCAGGGGGUGACGCAGGUGCUGUCGCGUCUCUCAUACAUUUCAGCCCUGGGUAUGAUGACACGCAUUUCCUCUCAGUUUGAGAAGACCAGGAAGGUGAGCGGGCCGCGCUCCCUGCAGCCCUCACAGUGGGGAAUGCUCUGCCCCUCAGACACUCCUGAAGGAGAGGCUUGUGGUCUGGUGAAGAAUCUGGCUCUGAUGACACACAUCACCACCGACAUGGAGGAUGGACCCAUUAUUAAGCUGGCCUUUAACCUGGGUGUGGAGGACGUCAAUCUGCUGUGUGGAGAGGAACUCUCCUACCCCAGUGUCUUCAUCGUCUUCCUGAAUGGUAACAUCUUGGGAGUGAUUCGAGACCAUCACAAGCUCGUCAACACAUUCAGGCUGAUGAGAAGAGCUGGUUUCAUUAACGAGUUUGUGUCUAUCUCCACCAAUGUGACGGACCGCUGCGUGUAUAUCUCCUCUGACGGGGGACGCCUCUGCAGACCCUACAUCAUUGUGAAGAACGGGCAGCCGGCUGUGAAGAACAAACACAUCGAGGAGCUGUCUCAGGGCUACAGGAGCUUUGAGGACUUUCUGCACGAAAGUCUGGUGGAGUAUCUGGAUGUGAAUGAGGAGAAUGACUGCAGUAUUGCUCUGUAUGAACACAUGAUCACCAAGGACACUACUCAUUUGGAAAUUGAGCCGUUCACUCUGCUGGGGGUUUGUGCUGGUUUGAUUCCUUAUCCCCAUCAUAACCAGUCCCCCAGGAACACCUAUCAAUGUGCUAUGGGCAAGCAGGCCAUGGGCACUAUUGGCUAUAACCAGAGGAAUCGUAUAGACACACUGAUGUACCUGUUAGCUUAUCCACAGAGGCCCAUGGUGAAGACCAAGACCAUUGAAUUGAUUGACUUUGAGAAGCUACCAGCAGGUCAGAAUGCCACGGUGGCCGUGAUGAGCUACAGCGGUUAUGAUAUAGAGGAUGCUUUGGUACUAAAUAAGGCCUCUCUGGACAGAGGUUUUGGCAGGUGUCUUGUGUACAAGAAUGCGAAGUGCACACUAAGACGUUACACCAACCAGACCUUUGACAAGGUCAUGGGUCCCAUGUUGGAUGCAGAAACACGGAAGCCCAUUUGGAGACACAGCAUCCUGGACGCUGAUGGCAUUUGCUCCCCUGGGGAGCGAGUGGAGAAUAAGCAGGUUCUGGUGAAUAAGUCCAUGCCCACAGUCACCCAAACACCACUGGAGGGCAGUACCCAGCCAAGCCAGCCACAGUACAGAGAUGUGCCAAUCACGUACAAGGGCUCAACAGACUCGUACAUUGAGAAGGUGAUGAUCUCUUCAAACGCCGAGGACGCGUUUCUGGUCAAGAUCCUGCUCCGGCAGACACGUCGGCCUGAGAUAGGAGACAAAUUCAGCAGCAGACACGGCCAGAAAGGUGUGUGUGGACUGAUCGUCCCUCAGGAGGACAUGCCGUUCUGCGACUCGGGGAUCUGCCCAGACAUCAUCAUGAACCCACAUGGAUACCCCUCCAGAAUGACUGUCGGGAAGCUGAUUGAGCUAUUGGCUGGAAAAGCAGGCGUGCUGGACGGGCGUUUUCAUUAUGGCACGGCUUUUGGAGGCAGUAAAGUGAAGGAUGUGUGUGAGGAUCUUAUUCGCUAUGGAUACAACUACCAGGGCAAAGAUUUCGUCACAUCUGGAAUUACAGGUGAACCUCUGGAAGCCUACAUCUACUUUGGUCCAGUGUACUACCAGAAACUGAAGCACAUGGUGUUAGAUAAGAUGCACGCAAGAGCACGUGGCCCCCGAGCAGUGCUCACCAGACAGCCUACGGAAGGUCGUUCCCGGGACGGAGGUCUGCGUCUGGGGGAGAUGGAGAGGGACUGUCUGAUUGGCUACGGGGCCAGCAUGCUGCUGCUAGAGCGCCUCAUGAUCUCCAGUGAUGCUUUUGAAGUGGACGUGUGUGGCCAGUGUGGGCUGCUGGGAUACUCUGGAUGGUGCCACUACUGUAAGUCCUCAUGCCAUGUAUCAUCUCUGCGCAUUCCCUAUGCCUGCAAGCUGCUCUUCCAAGAGCUCCAGUCCAUGAACAUCAUACCUCGCCUGAAACUGGCUCGCUACAACGAGUGAGCUAGCUCACUGACGCUGCUAAUGCUCAAGGCAAGAAAACGCUGUACUGUGAAAGCUGCACUCCUGGUGCAGAUUCAUGUCUCAGUCUGCGUAUCUGACAUGCUGUUGCAGUGGUUUGUGUGCAUGUCGAAGUUUUGUAAACCAUCAGUGGUUACAUUGAGCCUAAUUAAGAGGUUUGACACAUUAUUUGAAAAUCUCUGCAUUAAAAUACAGAGGUUGUAAUAUUACUAGGAUAUCACAAUAUUCCCGAAUGUUGGCAAAUUUAGUUUGCAUGUGGAAAAAGUGCCUACUUUAAGUUUUUUUUCUUUCAAUGAAAAAAUAUUCAUUGAUUGCCUGGUUUAUUCUUGUUUGCUUUUGGAAAUUGUUGUAUUUUCUGUAUAAAUAUGUAAGUAAUAAAUCAUUCUUUAAAUUA